AUGGAAAUAUUCAACAAAGCAUGCCUGAAAAUCCAGAACCUACCCACUGAAGCUGUAAUCAUGAGACUAGUCAACGGCCUCAAAGAAGGACUAUUCUCCCAGUCAAUAUCCAACAAACAUCCGGUCUCUCUAAAUGAAGUUCAAGAAAAGGCAAAGAAAUACAUCAAUAUAGAUGAGAAUUUCCGACUCAGAGAACCUCUGACUCAGUCAAAUCUACCCUACCAAGCACACGAAAAAGAUAAGGAACCUAAUAAGAAGGAAGAACAAAAUGUCGAGAAGCCCCUGAAGUACCAUAAUUACACUGCUCUUAUACUAUCGCUAGUGAACGUCUAUCGAGAGAUAUGCCACACAGAGAAGCUUUCUCCUCCGCGUUCGAACAAACACAAAAAAGGAGAAAGUCGAACGAAGUAUUGUGAAUACCACAAACUCUAUGAACAUUCCACCAAUGAAUGUUAUGACUUAAAGAAUGUCAUAGAAAAGAUUGUCAGAAAAGAUCGGUUGGACAGAUACCUGGCUAACAAAUCGGACGACCCAAAGAAGAGAAUGAGGGAGGAAGAGGAAGGACGACAAGAACGUCCACCUCAGACCCCGAAGUGGCCUGUGCACGUGAUCAAUGAGGGUUUUACUGGAGAAGGCAUGUCAAAAUCAUCCCGGAAAAGGCACCUCAAGGGGGUAUACCACGUCGGAAAGGAAAAUAAACUACCCGACUUGCCUACAUCACGUUCACCAUAA